CCAUCACCUGACUCAGGCGCGCGGCUGAUUCAAGUGGACCCUCUGCCGUUCGGAGUCCUUUGAGCUCCCGCAGUGCUUUAUCUCGAGUCCUCUUUGUCAACUCCGUCGCGCCGUACGUCUCCCACUGUCAGCUUUUCAGUCUUGCUAGAUCGGUCUAGCACGAACUGACCUGGAUGCAGGCCGAGCGAGGAUAGGAUGGCAAGCCCGUUCAAUCCGUUUGUUGGCCGCGGCCAGAGUGCGGGAGAGGCAAGCACCUCUGGACGAGGCCGCGGGUCCACACGCGAGUCAAUAAGAGGGGGCACCGAUCGUGGUAAUAAAGGGGUUCCACGCGGACGAGGAAGAGGAGGAGGUCGUGGCCGGGCAAUCGCUGGUGCCUCAGCGCCUCGUGGUCGCGGUGCGGGCGCUGCUGCGAGAGGCGCGUCUCGUGCAGCAAGCUCAACCUCAACUUCCUCGACGACCACCAACGUCGCCAACUCGCCAUUCGCACAGCUGACCCAACCGAACCAACCCAAUCAAUUGGCCGCUCCACAAAACGUUUCCGGCAAACAACAAGCCCGGAGCAAGUCCCCCAUGGCACCUGGCGCAGGCAUGAGGGGCGGUGCCGCCGCUCGGAACAACACCUUCAGCCCUGGCGCAGCUCAACACACUUCUCGACAAUCUCCUUCGGUCAAUGGUCAUGGGACUUCCGGAAAGCUCACAUCCGCCGACCAAACCGCAAUGUCGGGCUCUUACCCAGAUCGCUACGAGCAGCUGAAACUUGAUCGCGCGAAACAAAGACAACGAGCUAUCAGGGAUGGACAGAUGGCAGAUCCGAAUCAGCCCACGUCGCUCAAAAAGGCCAUUAGGCCCGUGGGCACUUGCGAGAGCAUGUGCCCCGAAUUUGAGCGGGUGGAACGUAUUGUCCAGAAGAUGGUUGAUCGCAGCGAGAAAUUUCUCGAUCCGACGACAAAUACCAUGGAGAACGUGGAAGCUAAGAUGCUGAAACGCUUUCGACGUUCGGCAGCGGGCUACGAUGAGCAACUACCUUCUGAUAUUCGGACACCGAAGGCACUCCUGCAAGCGACAAAUUACCUGAUCCGGCAUGUGGUGGGUGGGAAUGAGCCCCUGGGCAUCGUACACAAAUUUGUUUGGGACCGCACACGCUCCAUUCGCAACGAUUUCUCGGUCCAGCAAGUCACCCACGAAGCAGAUGUCAAAGUUGCUGUGAUGUGCCUGGAGAGAAUCGCUCGCUUCCACAUUCUUUCGCUACAUCUACUUUCUAGCCCUGCGAACGAGGAACAGUUUGAUCGCCACCAGGAACGUGAACAGCUCAACAACACCAUGCUGUCUCUGAUGUACUACUACGAUGACAACCGCGGACGUAUGUUGUUCCCGAAUGAGGAAGAGUUUCGUGCUUAUUACAUCCUGUUCUCCAUUCACGACCAACGACCUGAUCUGGAAGCCCGUGUUCAAAAGUGGCCAGCAGCACUACUCAAUUCCCCUCGCGUCCAGGUAGCGCUGGAUAUGUAUGCAGCGGCGUGUAACGCAUGGGAAUACCAGGGCACGCUAGAUUCUCGACGACCGAAUGCCAUUGCGCAGGGCUUCUACACUCGCUUCUUCCACAUCAUCGACUCGCCCAGCGUAUCAUACCUGAUGGCCUGCGUGGCUGAAAUCUACUUCAACCAUGUUCGACAGACGACGAUCCGUGCUAUUUGGAAGGCCUACUGCCGAGCUCCGGCAUCGCAGCAGCACAAGAACGAGGAGUGGACGGUGGAACAGUUGACCAAGGUGCUGUAUCUUGACGACGACGAACAGACCAUCAAGUUCUGUGAAGAGCAGGACCUCCAAUUUGCUGAGAAUGCCAAUGGUCAAAUGUAUCUCAACUGGGGUGCUCGUCCUGUUGACUCUGUCGGUUUUUCACCUUCUUCCGAGCAUGCCUUCUCGGAUACAUACGUUGAGUCAAAGCGUGCUGGCCGAAACUUGGUGGCUGUCAUUCUCGGAAUGACCAUUCGAGAGGCUGCGGCCAUGGGCAUGAUCGAUGAGUCUUCAGUGCCUGAGCGCAUGGAUGAAACCCCUUCAGAAGUUCCUGGGGCCAUGGGCAUGAUCGAUGAGUCUUCAGUGCCUGGGAGCAUGGAAGAAUCCCCUUCAGAAGUUCCUACACCCGUUGAAAACACUCUCUUCGUGAGUGACAAGGACAACACGACUCCUGCUCCUACAGUGGAAAUCGUCCCUACGUCUCUGGACAGUGCUUUUCCAACCUCCGCUUCGCCCGCGAAGAAUGUAUUCAACCCUUUCCAGCAAACCUCACAAACGCCCUCGCCAUUUGGGAAUCACCCUCAAUCGAUCCAGCCUACCGCUGAGGCUGCACCCCCACAGCCUGCAAAUCCCUUCUCUGCCAUGUUCUCUGGCACUCCAGUCAAUAAAGCGGCAGAAACGGUACCGGCAAACCCGUUCGCUGCUAAGCCUUCACCCUCGCCUUCUCCAUUCGCCUUUUCGACGCCGGCCGAAACAACUCGGGCAGAGAGUGCCUUUACGGGUCCUUCUACGGCUUUCUCGGGGCCUGGGGCGACAGAAGCCGCUAAUGAGGGCACGCCCCCUGCAUCGUCUCCAUUUAGUUUCCCCAAACCGGCUGAAACAGCUGAGAAAGCCGAUGCACCUGUAACCACCUCUCCAUUUGCAUUUCCCAAGCCAACUGAGACGGCUGAGGAAUCUGGCGCUACCGCAAACACUUCCCCCUUUGCUUUCCCCAAGCCGAAUGGACCGAUUGAGAAACUUACCGCUCCUCCAACGAACUCUCCAUUCGCUUUCCCCAAGACGGCCGGGACAAUAGAGAAGGAGAUCACACCAGCAGCAUCGCUUAACCCAUUUGCUGCCUCCUUGUCUGCUUUUGUGCCCCCAAAACCGUUGGGACUACCGGAGGAAGUGACUGCUCCUGAAAAAGCCCUCUUCCCUACAACAAAGGCCAACUUAGCUACAUUGAAACCAUCGGAGGUGUCGACUGCCGAGGAGACCUCCGUGCCCGUGUCACAACCUGGCGAAAUUCUAUCCACAGCACCGAGUGUAACUCCAAAGCUUUUUGGUCCCUCGCCCGAGCCCUCUGCAUUCUCUGCAUUUCAAAACAAGAAGCCUCUGUUCCCCUCUUCGAGCCCCAUCGCGAGUACGAAUGCCGUCGCCGAGCCUUCUUCAAAUCAAGAAAAGGAGUUUGGGUUCCCGCAAAUCCAGCUAGAUUUAUUCGCCAAGCCCACGAAGCCCAAGCAAGGUGAAGCUACCUUGCCAAAACUACCAUUGACAGACGGUCCUGCGAAGAGUCCGGAACCGAUAGAGCCCGCUUUAUCUGUUUCGCAGCUUGACCAAUCGACCACCUCGCUCAGCUCAACUCAGACCUCUGUUGACUCCGAUAAUCUUCAAUGGCGUCCCCCACAGACAGAAGAGGAGGAACGUGCCCUUUUCAAGCGAAUCAUGAGGCGCGCCGAGGAAAAAGCGCAACGCAAGGAGGAGAAGCGAAAGCGAAAGCGGGUCCAAGAAGAACAAGCAUUGUCGGAUUCAUUGCGCGAAGAACGACUGAAAGCAUCAAAGCUAUCAACAUCCGAAGAGUCAUUACCACCCGCAAAGAGAUUCUCACUCGCGGAGUCGUCCAUCAAAGCUCUACCAACACUCCCUUGUCUAGAAAGAGCCAGGGCUCUUCUGGAGAAAAGGCCGGCUUCCGCUGAGCCGGAUACCGAGGUCACAAGGAAACGUCAACGUGAGAUCGACGAGGAUGAAAUGCUCCUCAAUUCUGCUCGCAUCGUUGCCGAACAGCUACGCACCGGGCCCAAGAUCUUCGACGACAUGUCACCGCAAAGCCUGGCUGAGUACAACGCGUACCACGCAUACUGGGAAGAACGGGGCAAGCGCAGCCGCUCCUACAGCAACAGCAUCAGUCCUUCUAUCACACCCUACGCACAGAGCGCAUCGCCACCACAGUUCCCACGCCAUCCUUACGAGGUUGCGUACGCACCCGAUACGCCUCAGGGUCUGGGACGUACGAUGUCUCGCACUGAGUACCGCAUUCGGAUGACCGGCGGACAUGGAUUGGCGUACAAGCCUUUGGAUUUCUCGCGGUUGAAAAGUCACAAGCAUCUAGACAAAGAAAAGGACAAGGGCAAGAGCCGUUUUGCGAUGAGUGGAUAAGAGGGGUUAACCUGCAUACUUUAUGUCAUUAGCAUAGUUUGAGGCGGGCGUUUCUGGAUGAAUCAGUUUGAUUCUUUUUCUGUUUAUGGUGGCUACGAAUGGAUCUAUUCGAGUCACAACACAUUGCACGGUGUUCGGGCGGUUCGACAGUCAUACCCGAUUUUUUCUGAUUAGCCUGAUAUUUGAUAUUGUUUCCAUGAAGACAAAUCAACUCUAUUCUUAUUUUAUAUUUUUUUUAUGCAUACU